GAAUCGCAUUCAGUAGCGGAAUCGAAUUGACGAGCCGGCCUAAGAUGUCGGGUCCCGCGCCGCUGUAGCCGCUUCAGGUUCCCCGCCGCCUCCCUCCUCCACCACCACCAGCAGCAGCAGCAGCACACACCCCCCCGUCCCGCCACAACAACAACAACCACGCCGCCUCCUCCUCGGCAGCGUGAGACCCCCCCCGGUCGUGUCGAUCUCCCUCACGCUGCUGUUCGCCCCCCCCUCGCCCUCAUGUCGUCCGUGUCUCGCAGGUGCGGCUCGAGUCGGGCCGGAGGGCCGUCGGGGCGACUCGCGCACUCCGCGGCUAGGGCGGCUAGGGCGGCGGCGAGGAGACGGCACCAGAGAAUUGUACCUGGGCUUACGAAGACUUGAAGGAAAUGGAGCAACAGGAGAUGGACGACGUGUGCGGCAUAGAUGAGAACAACUUGCACGGAGAGCAUGUAGAAAAUGGAAGUGGAGGGGGGGGUGUCCAGUGUGAGAAGUUGACUUUACAAGAAGACCCACCGCCGUCCGGAACGUGGCAGGAGGAGGAGGAAGAAGACGACACGGCGAUGCAGCGAGGGGAGAGUGCGGAGACACAGGAGGGGGAUGGAGGAGAGGAGACCCUCGCAUUGGCGGAGAGUGGGAGACGGGGGGACACCGAUGACGAGUUUGAGGAAGAUGGUGUUAGAGCAGAGGAGCUCUCAGACCUUCCAGAGGACGCAGAGAUCCUGCGGAGAGAGCUGCUUCUGUGUCGUAAGCGGCUGCAGAAAGCUGAGCAGCUUCACGGCACAGUUCAGCGCUACAAUGAUGAUCUGCGUGCUCAGGUGGAGGUGCUUAGCAAGCAGGUGCACGAACUGAAGAAGUGUCGAAGGCAGAAGACGGAUGCGGAAACCCAAACUGAUGGCACUGCCGACACUGCCCAGCUUGGCUACGAGUAUGGGGUUUCGGAGUAUCCAUCAGUAGAGGCGGUGGAGUCUGAGCAGCAGCCGCCGCAGCAGCAGCCUCUGGAAAAUUCAACAUCACGGAUUCAAGAGCCGACCGUGGAAGCCGCAGCCGUGGAGGCGGAGGGGGUGUCGCUGGCGGACAGCCUACGAGCGGCGGCCGAGGACGCCAUGCAGCAGUCGGGCAUGGUGUACGACGAGGGAACGGGACUGUACUACGACUACACCACCGGGUUCUACUACGACGCUACCACACAAAUGUAUUAUGACCCCAACAACGGGCAUUACUAUUACUUCGACAGCGAAAAGGGUACAUAUGAAUACUACACGUCGGUUGACCUCCAACCAGCAGAGGGCACCACCAAAACCAAGAAGAAAAAAACUAAGAAAAAGGAUUUGGAGAAAGAAGAAAAAGCUCGCCGUAGUACAAAGCGGCGCAGCAGGGAGCGGAAACGUGGCCGGGAGGCAGAGCGGGAGAGGUCUAAAAAGCGGCUCAAAACAUCGGGGCGGCACCACAGAAAGGCCGUCGACUGUAUCACGGACGAUGAAGAUGAGGAAAGGGAAAGGAGGGAAAAGAGGAGGCGCAGGCGGAGGAGUAGUUCCACAGAGCGCGGUAGCGAAACGGAGGAGGGGGAGAUAUCGGACUCGGAAGACUCCGCCUCAAGCAGUAGCCACAGCUCCUCCGAUAGCAGCACCCAAAGUAACGUCUGCGAUGACUCGGAAGUAGAGCAGCAGUGGCCACCCUGCAUCAGGGUGAUGGUGGUUCGCUCUCCAGUUCUCAAUCCGGGCACUCUCUUCAUCAUCACAUCGGACACCAUCGCCACUAUCGGCAGGGCAAAGGACAUGGACCACACCAUCAGCAUUCCAGAAAUGGGUGUCAGCAAGUUUCAUGCAGAAGUGCACUUUGACCUUGAGAGGCAGAAGUAUGUCCUCAUGGACCAGGGCAGCCAGAACGGGACUAUCAUCAAUGGAAACAGAAUCCUGCAGCCAAAAGAGCACAGCGACCCCCACCCCCUGGACCAUGGUGAUGAGGUGAAGUUUGGGGAGACUGUGCUGUCCUUCCACAUCCACCCUGCCUCCGAGACAUGCGAUGGCUGCGAGCCGGGGCAAGUAAUCGCGCACCUGCGUCUGAACCAGAAACAAGCUCCACAGACUGGUUUUUCGUUGCUGAGCAAGAAAGAGAAGGAGAAAAUUCGCCUCAAGGAGUUGAAACAGAUGAAAGCGAAAUAUGGCCUUCAGGGGAGUGCACAUGAGGACCAGGAGGUGCUCAACAACUCCAAGUACGCGAACCGUGCAGAGCAGCGCAGACGCACCGUGGGGAGCGAGCACCCCCACCACAAGGACGACGCGCCAGCCUCCUUGCACGAGGAGAUCGACAGAGGAAACAAGGGGCGGAAGCUGCUUGAGAAGAUGGGGUGGAAGCACGGAGAGGGCCUGGGAAGGGACAGUGCUGGCAUUAAGGAACCGAUAAAGCCGCAUGCGAUGAACAAACAGGCAGGGCUGGGCUCGGCUCCUCAACUCCCUGCGGACUCUCCCCUCCUGGCGGCCGGAAACAGCCGCCGAGCCCAGAACUGGGAAAAGGCACGGGAGCGAUUCGAAUCGUUCACGACGCAAAAGAGCAAAGCUGCUGCUUGUCAUCCUCCUAAAAAGGGCCAGUGGGUCUUGGGGAGUGGAAAGAAAACUUGAUGAUGUCGUCUAUUGUGUAUAAAUUAAGGAACGCUGUAUAUUUGUAAACAUGCAGUUGAAUGCUGGAAGUACAUUUUGUAUUCUAUCCUGGGAAGUAUUUAACAAAAAACGCUUGGAUGUACUUUGUUUCUGAACCAUUUGUGAGCAACUGGUUGCUCACAAUAGAGACAACCUCUAUUUGCAAGCUAUUUUUAGUGAUUUGGUUGUGCAACUGUUCGCUCAUGUGUGAGCCCAACUAAACAUAUAAAGGGAUGACGGGGAAACAUCGAGAGGAGCUCAAUCAAGCUAGUAAAUUAGGAUUUAGAGCCAGAUUUGUGUGUCUCUAGCAAGGAAAGUGACCAAGGGUGCUUCAUGCAAUUUUAUGUUAACUAACAAAUUGGAUUGACCUUGACAGCACUUGGCAUAAUUUACCAAAAUCUGGAAAUCGAAGGCAAUCCCACGACCAAACGAAAACAAGCCGGGCUGUAAAGGGGCGUUAGUGAUCUCAUUCGAAUGUUGGACACAUGGGUGAUGGGAUCAAGGAUACUUGUAGCAGAAAUCAACUCGAAGAGGAUCCGUGGAAUACUGAGACUACAAAAAACUAAGUAAUGAGACCAUAAGGGGAAAAAGCAGGAUAAGAUUUUGGUGCAAAAAAACAUUUUAAAUUUGAUGUCUAAAAAUAAUGGAGACCAACGAGUUGAUGGCGUGAAGCAUGAGGAGGGCUUUGAGAGAUCUGUAGAUCUCAAGGAAGCGAUCGCCUUGACCAAAGCAAGGUAGGAAGGGGAUGAAUGUCGUCCGGUCUCAUCGUCAGAUGCCAUGUGAAAACUAAUGGGAGAGAAGAAAAAACGUACUUUUAUGCAAAUUCUCUAGAGUUCUGUUUAAAAUGCAUCCUUGUACGUGUAUAGGUUAUAUUGUUUUGAUACAUUUGAAUGUAAAAUAUUUUUGAAUGAUUCAUUUAAAAGUAGUAAUCGAAAGUACCCGUAUUGUAAUCUGUAUAUGGCCCCGAAUUUUACACAAAAAAUGUUCACAUUUUGCAUGGUACCAGCCCAUGUGUAUAAAUAAGAAAAUGCAUUCAA